AGACAAAGAAAGCCCCUACUGUCUGAUACUAAUAGCCCUAAAUGCCUAAAUAGGCAAUGCAGUACGUCUGACGCCACAAGCACCAAGCUUUCCCAAUGCCCGACGAGGUACAUAUAUAUCGCGCUUUGGAAUGGCUGAGUCUCCUAGUAGUUUCUACCGUAGCCCUAGGACAACCAAUACAAAUUUCGUUUUCUCAAUCCUCGAAAAAAAAAUAUUGAAGCCACUAUCUCUGCAAAGGCCUUUUCGCUUCGAUGGGGCCACUUGGGUAAUGGAACUCGUAAACCCACACACUUCUUGCCCACUUCCUCUCUCUCAUCCACGGUCUACGAACCAUGAACGGCGAAUGGCACCAUCCAAGUCCCCUCACUUUGAACAUAGUCAAAGUGAACCAUUCCAUUACCUUCCCCAGGAACAGCCCACGUGCCUCGCCAGAGCCUUGGCAUGGAACACCUUGCCAAGCCGCUCUUGGCUUGGCGGGGGACAAGGGCCACCAUCCGAGCUUUCCAUUGAACGCCCAGCUUCUGCACGUGUAGAAGAUGGCGGAUUCCGAUUUGCCCACGGGAUCCUGGUAAAUGGUCCCUUAGUAGCAUCUGCCAAGCAUGUUGGACAAGGGUUACUGGCUUUCGAAUCAGAUAAUCUCACUUGUAAACCGCACUCAGCCGGAAUCGUUCCACCCAGUCAGAGAGCCAUGCACUGUGUACAGUAGUUUAGAUGCGAGGGUGGCAUCUGGCCAUCCCACCCCCUUGGCUUCCCGCAUCUUAAAAGGCUCGUGUUUCUCCCGCAUGGGAAUUGAUCUUCCUCCUUCUCUAGCUGCAGGUCUCGAGUUCCCCUUGUGCCUUGAACUCACAUCAUCUGCAUCACGAUGAGGCCCCUCUCCUUUGCAGGUGUGGCACUGUUUGCCUCGUGCGCCGUAGCCCAAACUUAUCAGCGCUUGGGUGGCUGUCCAACUCUGGGUUGUGUUUUCCCUCCUGAUCACUGGCAUGACGUAAUUGAGAAUGCUGGGCCCGUGACACUAAUCGAUAUGAUUCUAUUAGGGCGGAUUUACUUCCCGGUCAAUACUUCGAUAUCCGUCU